GGAGCUCCACCAGAGAACAUCUCAGGGAGCCUGGCUGCAAGCAGCAGAGCUCGGAUCCGUGUCAGCUGUGGGCAUCUGCUGUCCCGUGGGGAGGCCUUGCCUUCCAUCCUUUGCAUUUGACUGCAAAGAAAUCUGUGUGGAGAAAGGCAUUACACCGUUGUUCUGGCACCGCUCCACCGAGCCCGAACCCAACUCCCAGCCACCAUGCUCCUACUGUUGUUGGGGAUCCUGUUCCUCCACGUCGCGGUGCUAGUGUUGCUGUUCGUCUCUACCAUCGUCAGCCAAUGGCUCGUGGGCAAUGGACACACAACUGACCUCUGGCAGAACUGCACCACGUCCUUCUCUGGAGCCGUCCAGCAUUGCUACUCAUCGUCAGCGAGUGAAUGGCUGCAGUCUGUCCAGGCCACCAUGGUCCUGUCUGUCAUCUUCAGCGUCCUGGCUCUGUUCCUGUUCUUCUGCCAGCUCUUCACCCUCACCAAAGGUGGCCGGUUUUACAUUACUGGAUUCUUCCAAAUCCUUGCUGGUCUUUGCGUGAUGAGUGCAGCGGCCAUCUACACAGUGAGGCACAGCGAGUGGCAUGUCAACACUGAAUACGCCUAUGGCUUCGCCUACAUCCUGGCCUGGGUGGCCUUUCCCCUGGCCCUGCUCAGUGGCAUUAUCUACGUGAUCCUUCGGAAACGUGAAUGAGGCGCCCGACGACACUGCACCAUCCGUCUAGGCUCUGAGCACUCAUAGGGUACAUGGGGAGGGAGGAAGGAAACCAGAAAACAAAUCGAACAAACCAAAAAGAGCUAGCCCCAAGCCCCAACUCAAGUCAAACCAAACAGAACGCAAUUGAGUGGGGAUUCCUGUCAAUUGAAGAUGUAUAUACUAUCUAUGGUUUAUAAAACCUAUUUAUAACACUUUUUACAUAUAUGUACAUAGGAUUGUUUGCUUUUUAUGUUGACUGUCAGCCUCGUGUUGAAUCUCAAAGAACUUUACAACCUAACACUAUAACCAAGCUCAGUAUCUUUGUUUUGUUUUUGUUUUUUUUCUUUUGUUUUGCUCAGACAUGAAAACUUCCAUGUGGCCCCUUUCAUGUAAAAUCAGAUACCUCCCUCCCAUUCAACCUCAUAGGAUAACCAAAGUAUGGGGACAAACCCAAAAUGGCCAAAUGCCUUCACACUGUAGGUGACCUGGUACAUUUAGCAGGAAUAUCCACUCCCCGAAUUGCUGUGUGGAGCCCUAAGCACUCACAGACAAAACACCCUGACCAGAGCCCUCUGCUAAAACAUGGCUGGUGGCUCUGGAACACUUGUCCUUUCGGGCAGAGUACCAGGGCCACACAUUUAAAUGAGAAGUCAGAGACAAGGAGUCUGUGAAAUGGUGCUAUGGAUUUACCAUUCCUCGUUAUUACUAAUCAUUUAAACCACUCACUGGAAACUCAAUUAACAGUUUUAUGGCAUAAAGUAGAAUGGAGACCUGAAUAAUUGUGUGUGAUAUAAACGGUUCAUAACUGCUUUCGUACCUAGCUAGGCUGUUGUUGUUACUACGAUAAAUAAAUCUCAAAGCCUCCACCACUCCCACAGUUUUCUCACGGUCAGAGCAUCGGGACAAGUGUCUAGACCCCUGGGACUGUGAGUUCCCUGGCUUGCUGGGUCUAGAGUGUCCGGUGCCUCCAAGGACUGUCUGGCAAUGACUUGUAUUGGCCACCAACUGUAGAUGUAUAUACGGUGCCCUUCUGAUGCUAAGACUCCAGACCUUUCUUGUUUUGCUUGCUUUUUCUGAUUUUAUACCAACUGUGUGGACUAAGAUACAUUAAAAUAAACAUCAGAGUAACUCA